AUGGGGACCGCUGGGCCCGACGGAUCCCGGGGGCUGGAGAGAGACAUUGGCGAAUCCCCAAGCUCUGCACCACGUGCUCCCAAGCCGCGCGCCACUACCCAGGAGCGAUGGGGAGUAUGGCUCGGCCCGGCGUACUCGUCGGGACCUGGCAGAAUCUCCGGUUACAGAAGUCCCGCCACCUGCCAGAAAUGUCGCCUACAGAACUACUGGGGCACCAAAUGGCAGCCAUUCGAGGACAGAAUCCCUGAAUCUGGGGGAGGCUGCAGCAGCCAACUGGGGGAAACGUGGGGAGGCAUCCUGGCGGAUUUGAUGCGCCCCGCGAACGCCAUCGACAAGCAACAGCCGAGGCAACCACCCUAG